AUGAGAUUGGACGCUACCGAUCUUCGCUAUAUAACCAACGACGAGUUCAAGGUUCUCACAGCUGUCGAAGUGGGCUCAAGGGAUCAUGAAGUCGUGCCCACCUCUUCCAUCGCGGAGAUUUCCGGACUUAGAGGAGGUAACGUCAACAAGGCUUUAUCUGAUUUAGCAAAGAGAAAUCUAGUAGCGAGGGUCCAAGGCGCCAAAUAUGAAGGUUUUCGUCUCACUUAUGGUGGACUGGAUUACCUGGCUCUUCGAACUUUCUCCAGAAGAAAACCGCCAUCGGUCUAUGCUGUCGGCCAGAAGAUAGGAGUUGGUAAAGAGUCAGAUAUUCACGUCGUGGUGGAUGAAUCAGAUCACCGGAGAGUUUUGAAAAUGCAUCGACUCGGGAGAAUAUCAUUUCGACAAGUGAAGAGUAAACGUGACUACCUGGGAAAUCGAACAUCGGCUUCAUGGAUGCAGCUCAGUCGUCUGGCCGCUCAAAAGGAAUUCGCUUUCAUGAAAGUUUUGCAUGCUAAUGACUUUCCUGUACCGGUCCCUAUUGAUCAAGUCCGACAUUGUAUCGUCAUGUCUCUCAUUGAUGGAUACCCAUUACGUCAAAUCCAAGCCGUUGAAUCGCCUUCGGAUCUGUACGCGAAGCUCAUGGAGUUGAUCGUCCGACUAGCAAACCAUGGUCUCAUCCACGGUGAUUUCAACGAGUUUAAUAUCAUCGUCAAGAAAGAUGGUGAGCCAGUUGUGAUUGAUUUCCCUCAAAUGGUCAGUACGCGACAUCGAAAUGCUGAGUACUUUUUCAAUCGUGAUGUCAAUUGUAUCCGUCGGUAUUUCCGACGUCGAUACAAAUAUGAAGGAUUAUCUUGGCCCACUUGGGCAGAUGUUUUGGCAAAUCAGGACGACACUUCUACAUCUUUCGAGCAAGUAGGACCAGAAGGUGCUUCUGAACCUACCCAGGGAGAAGUACAAGGAUCUGCAAACAAUACCACCGGGCUCGCAAGUACAAGCCGAGGGAACAAUAAGAGACUUGAUUUAGAAGUGGAAGCCAGUGGAUUUGGUGGCACGUUAGCUAGAGAAUUGGAGGAUCAUAUGAUACGCAUGAUGGAUGUACCUGAACAAGAUAAUAGUGAUGAUGAUGAAGACAGUGACUUUGAAGAGGAAGAGGAUGAGGAAGAGGAAGAGGUAGUCGAAAUUGACGAAGAUCAAAAGGAGGAAGAUACUACAUUUGACGAAGAUCAUUUCCAGAGACAAUUGGCGAUCAAAUUAGAAAGAAUGCGAUUGAAUAAAGCUCUAGGUAAUGAUGUGAAUGAGGAACUGUACACAAAUCUCGGUGGUCAAAUGGAAGAACAAGUCAGAGAUGUUGGUAGUGAAGGAAAUGAAGGAGAAUCAGAUGAAGAAAAUUCAAUCGCUAUCUCAGAUGAAACACCCGUUUCAGAGUAUCCUACCGGGACACGAAAACGGGAUGCUCAACAUAGGAUCAAUUUGAAAACAUCAUCACGAGACGAGGUGCAAGCUGCUAUUCGGGCCGAAGUGGGGAAACAUCGUAGUAAAGAAGAAAGAAAACAUCAUUCACGUAAAGCUCCUGUGAAGGCUGGUAAUGUUAAGGGACAUAAAUGGAAACAGAGUACUGGACAUUUGGUGGAGAAGAACGGCGGAUGGUAG